CCCCGGGGAGGCCUGUGCCCGCCUGCAGGAGGCCUGUGCCCGCCUGCAGGAGGCCGCUCCCACGGGAGACGCCGGAGCCCCACGGGGGCCGGGUCCUGCGUCCUCACGGGCUGAGGGUCUCGGGAGAGACCAAACGGGACGAGCGCUCUCCGAAUCCCGCUCCCAUUCCUGUUCUGUGUUGACAGGGUCUUGGGUAGCCCAGGCUGGGCAUGGAGGCGUGUGCCAACCACGCCGGGCUCCAUUUAGGAUGUGAAAAUUAUUUUUGUGCUUGAAAUUAUAUGUGCUUGUUGUGAGUAUGCAUGCGCACGUGUGUCAUGGCGCAAGUGUAGAGGUCAGAAGGACAACUUCGAAAAGUCUGUUCUUCCCACCAUGUGGGUUCCGGGGAUGGCUCUCACUUCGUCAGUCUUAGCAGUAAGUGCCUUUUGAGCCAUCACACCGGCCCUGAUUUUAUGGAGGUGAAAAAGAAAAUGUUUUAAAUGUCCCUGUCUCAAAAAAAAAAAAAAAAUUAAGUGUUGGGUGCUGGAGAGAACUCUCAUUUGGAAUAGGUAACUCCUUCUCCAGGACAUCCUCCCUUGAACUAACACACAGGAAAAGUCUUUAAAAAAAUGCAUCUUUGUAUUGUGUAAAGACAUCUGAAGUUGCAUGAAAGCACCGUUAAGUUUUGAAGAUGCCAGGUGCCAAGAUGCCCCCUUGUGUGUUGAUGUGCUUAUUUUGUUCUUAGGAGACAGGGUCUUUCUGUGUAAUCUUGCCUCAAACUCUUGAGUGCCAGGAUAUCAGCUGUGAGCCACUGAGCUCUGCUGUGGAUAUGAAAGAUGAUUUGUAAAAUAAUAUUUCAUAUAUUGUGCUCCCAGUUUUGUGGGGAUAUACAUGUAGGCUGACAGCCAGACUGCCCUUUGCCUGAGAAUGUGGUUGGGCAUUUUUAAAAUGGGAAUUUUUCUUCCAUGUUUUCUCAAAGAAUGAAGAGUGAGCCAGGAGUGGUGGUAUAUGCCUUUAACAAACAGAUUAACGCCAGAUAUAAAAUUAGAAUUAACAUGUGGCCACAUCCCAUCUGUUUUUGCUUUUUUAAACACUAUGUGCUUCUGACUGGCCUGGAAUUCACUAUGUAUAUUAGGCUAGCCAAGAACUCAGAACCAUCCUCCUGCCUCUAUCUCCUGAGGGUUGAGAAUAAAGGUAUGGGCCACAACACUCAGUAGUUGGUUUUUGAGACAGAGUUUCUCUGUGUGUUCUUGGCUCUCCUGGAAUUUGAUAUGUAGACUAGAUUGGCCUCUCUCUCCUGAGUGCUGGGCCACCACCACCAGCUUAUCUUUUUUUUUUAAGUGAUACAUUAUAAACCGGAUAUAGCACAAUGUUAACAUUUUUCUCCCAAGUGAAUGGAUUUUAGGUGACUUAGUUUUCUACCUGUGUAUAACUGGGUAGGGGUAAGCUUCAGGUGAUUCAUGAUCUUUUUGAUAGGAUAAUUAGUGAGCACAAGUUUUGAUUUACGUUAUUUGUAAUCUCGAACUGUCAAGAUGGCUCAGUGAGUAAAGGCAUCUGCCGCCAAGCCUGAUGAUGGGAGUUCAGUCCCCAGGACUCACACCACUCCUGUGCUGUGGCACUUGCAUGUGUGUGUACCCAGAUGUCUUUAAGAAGGCACUUGUGCAUACCCAAAUCCCAUACUGUUUGCUUGUGUGAAGGAUGGAUGGCAGUUCUAGGUUGUGAGUGGUCGUGUCCCAUCCCCAACCCAACCCAGGCCCCCAGACAGGGUUUCUCUGUGUAGCUUUGGCUGUCCUCAAACUCAGAGAUCCAACUGCCUCCGCCUCCCCUGGGAUUACAGGUGCGUGCCACUGUGCCCGGCUAGUUGUGAGUGGUCUUAAUGAGCCUUUGAUGGUUAGUCCUAAGAAAUUAAAUUGUCUUCUUCUACCUCCCUCACUUGACAAGCCAAAUCCAACUUUCAAUUUAAGUUUUUCAGAUAUCACCUCUGCUCUCCAGUGGUUGGCUAAGAGCUUGGAGCAAGAUGAACUUGCUGGUGGCAGUAUGGAGCAAUGAGGGUUCACACACACACAGUUAGUUACUUGAUACCAACAGUCUGAAGACAAGUGUUCCGUCCUUAGUUCUGAUAUAUCAUAAUGGACUUUGACAGAAUUGGUCUCUUCAUUGCUUGAAAUGAGGCACUUUUUGCCAUCUGUGGAAACUUACCUGUAAUUCAUUUUCCUUGCUGCAGUAUUGAGAAUUAUACCAAAGCGAAAAGAUAUGAAUGAAUAUCCUAAAAAAAGAAAAAGGAAGACUUUACACCCUUCUCGUUAUUCAGGGCCAUGCUGUAUGGCCCAGCCUGGCCUCACUGCUGAUCCACCUCAGCCUCUGCAGCGCUGACACUCUAGAUUCUUCUGGAAUAAGCAGAAUCGCAGAUGGAGUCAGUGGGAUCUUUUCUGAUCAUUGUUACAGUGUCUGCUCUAUGAGACAGCCAGACUUAAAAUAUUUUGACAACAAAGAUGAUGAUUCUGAUCCUGAGACAUCAAAUGACUUGCCCAAAUUUACAGAUGGAUCCAAGGCCAGAAACAGGAAUCAGAACUACCUGGUUCCCAGCCCCGUUCUUAGGAUUCUAGACCACACUGUCUUUUCCACAGAAAAGUCUGCUGAUGUUGAGAUCUGUGAGGAAGAGUGUGACUCACCUGAGUCAGUGCACCAGAAUACUCAAGAGGAGAACCCUAUAGAGGUUCAUACCUCAGAAGACGUCCCAAUUGCUGUAGAAGUCCAUGCAAUUUCUGAAGAUUAUGAUAUAGAGACAGAGAACAAUUCCUCUGAGAGCCUCCAAGACCAGACUGAUGAAGAACCACCAGCUAAACUCUGUAAAAUACUUGACAAGAGCCAAGCUUUGAAUGUGACUGCCCAACAGAAGUGGCCUUUAUUGAGAGCCAACAGCAGUGGCCUCUAUAAGUGUGAACUUUGUGAAUUCAACAGUAAGUAUUUUUCUGACCUAAAACAACACGUGAUCCUGAAACACAAGCGCACUGACUCGAAUGUGUGUCGGGUGUGUAAGGAAAGUUUCUCCACCAAUAUGCUGCUUAUUGAGCAUGCCAAACUUCAUGAAGAAGACCCCUACAUCUGUAAGUACUGUGAUUACAAGACAGUGAUCUUCGAAAACCUCAGCCAGCACAUUGCAGAUACCCACUUCAGCGACCACCUUUACUGGUGUGAGCAGUGUGAUGUGCAGUUCUCUUCAAGCAGUGAGCUCUACCUGCACUUCCAGGAGCACAGCCGUGACGAGCAGUACCUGUGCCAGUUCUGUGAGCAUGAGACCGGUGACCCUGAGGACUUGCACAGCCACGUCGUCAAUGAGCAUGCUCGAAGACUGAUAGAGCUCAGUGACAAGUGCAGCGGUGGUGGGCAUGGGCAGUGCAGCCUUCUAAGCAAGAUCACCUUUGACAAAUGCAAAAACUUCUUCGUGUGUCAAGUAUGUGGCUUUCGGAGCAGGCUUCACACAAAUGUGAACAGACAUGUUGCUAUCGAGCAUACCAAAAUAUUCCCUCAUGUUUGUGAUGACUGUGGGAAGGGCUUUUCCAGCAUGUUGGAAUAUUGCAAGCAUCUAAAUUCACAUUUAUCUGAAGGGAUUUAUUUAUGCCAGUAUUGUGAAUAUUCAACAGGACAAAUUGAAGAUCUUAAAAUUCAUCUAGAUUUCAAGCAUUCAGCUGACUUGCCUCAUAAAUGUAGUGACUGCUUGAUGAGGUUUGGGAACGAAAGGGAAUUAAUCAGCCACCUUCCAGUCCACGAGACUACCUGACUGUUAGCUUUACGUAAUGUUUAUGUAAAAGAAUAAAUCCUUUUCUAAUGUUAAAGUGGGUAAGCUCAAACACAACUUAUAUAAUUUGCCUUUGACAAGUUUUCUGACUUAGUUUUUCUGACAUUACUGUAUUUUUGAGUAUAUAAUUAUACUUAAUGGUGGUGUUUUCAAUUGCAUGACAGUCCGUAGUUGUCACUUUCGGUGAGUUUCUUGCUCCAACUUAAUGAAUGGAAACAAAGGUACUGAAGAAACUGA